CAGAGUAGCUCAGCCUUGUAUAGCGGCUGGUACCAGAGCGCUUUCAAGAGCAUCGCACUCCAUGUGCGUUGCGUAGAUGUUGAAAUUGCGCUGUGCAGCUUGUUACCGCGGCAAGAACUCAACAUGUCGAACCCUCCCAACGACCCGUUCUAUUCCUCCCCAUUCGGACCCUUCUACAGAAGGCACUCGCCCUACAUGGUCCAACCCGAGUAUAGGAUCUACGAGAUGAACAAACGACUACAAUCUCGUACAGAGGAGAGUGACAGUCUGUGGUGGGAUGCGUUUGCCACAGAGUUCUUUGAGGAGGACGCCACCCUGACCCUCUCCUUCUGCCUGGAGGAUGGACCAAAGAGAUACACUAUCGGACGAACGCUCAUCCCGCGCUACUUCAGCACAGUGUUUGAGGGCGGAGUCACUGACCUGUACUACAUCCUCAAACACUCCAAGGAGUCUUUCCACAACUCCUGCAUCACUGUGGACUGUGAUCAGUGCACCAUGGUCACCCAGUAUGGGAAACCAAUGUUUACAAAGGUAUGCACAGAGGGCAGACUGAUUCUUGAAUUUGCCUUUGACGACCUCAUGAGGAUCAAGACCUGGCACUUCACCAUCCGGCAAUACCGAGAACUCAUCCCCCGCAGCAUCCUGGCCAUGCACGCACAAGACCCCCAGGUUCUGGAACAGCUCUCCAAAAACAUCACCCGCAUGGGGCUGACCAACUUCACCCUCAACUACCUCAGGCUGUGUGUCAUCCUGGAGCCCAUGCAGGAGCUCAUGUCCAGGCACAAGACCUACAACCUCAGCCCUAGGGACUGUCUGAAGACAUGCCUGUUCCAGAAGUGGCAGAGAAUGGUGGCCCCGCCAGCUGGACACCCACAGAAUUUCAAAACGGAAAUAUUCCCCACAAAUCACAAAAAAGGUCGUGCCAAAGCUGAGCCAACAAGACAGACGACGACGAAGAGGAGGAAAAGGAAGAACUCUGCCAGCAGUGCCAACAGCAGUGUGGGCAAUGCCAACAGUAAGAAGAGAAGCCCUGCCAGCAACUUCAGCCUUUCCAGUCAGGUACCUGACGUGAUGGUGGUUGGUGAGCCCACCCUGAUGGGCGGGGAGUUCGGGGACGAGGACGAGCGUCUGAUCACACGUCUGGAGAACACGCAGUACGACGCUACCAACGGAUUGGACGACGAGGAUGACUUCAACGGCUCGCCAGCGCUCGGCAACAACAGCCCGUGGGGCAGCAAGCCGCUCAACAACCAGGACAGCAAGGCCGAGAGCACAGCGCCUCAGUCGUCACAGUAGAACACACAGAGACCAAGGCCACCGAGAGCACAGUCAGUGCCCCCACCUUCAUAUGUCUGCUUAGCUGACAUUUAACUUCAAUGGUUGAAUGUUACUAUUUUGGACAUAUUCUAAUGAGACCAUGUUGCCCUCACAGUAAAACAAAGAGGGAAAAUAAUUAUUAAAAAACUGUACCUAUUUGGCACAGUAGGGCGGCGCCCUCUAAAA